AGAAAGAAAAAGAGAAAAAACGAAAAAUGGUCACCCCCGCCGUCGACGAAACCUCUCUCCGCGCCUCGCCCACCGAGCGCCGCAACUCCCUCGAGAGACAUCUCCAGAACCGUCCCGAGGCCCAGGACCUCAAGGAGAAGCAUAUUCUGCUGGAUACGAAUGUUGCGCCAUCGAUCCAAGCCGCGCGGCAGGAACUCGCGCGCCAGCGCACGACGGAUAGUUUGAAGAAGCAUCUCGAGCAUCGGCCUGAGAGGGAGGAGUUGGUGGAGCGAAACAUCCUCCCCUCGACGAACGCCGCCCCCGCGCUACAGGCGCACGCCCGCGAGCUCGAAAAGCACAUGAUCGCCGACCAGCUGGACCAUAAGAUCCAGAGCCGGCCGCAGCCAGAGGAGCUCAUCUCGCAGGGCAUCUUGGAUGAGGCGGAGGAUCCGCGGAAGCCGAGU